UAACGAUAUUUUUUUGUAGUGAUUUUUUUCAUAUUAUAUAUUCAUACAACGCUAGUUUCACUGAUAAAGUCUCGUCUAGUUGACAAUGAAAUUUCAGUGUCAUCAGUCAAAGAGAAUGAGUGCGCGAAUGCAUAAAACGAAAGAAUAGAGAUUAAAUAGUAGCUUAGUUUAAAUUUAAAACUAGGACAGUGAGUGUUCAACCGCAGCAUAAUUAUAUAGCUACGACUUUAAAGUGACCAAACAAACAAUCGAGGAACAAAGUGUAGCGAUGAAUUUUCUAAAGGCUUUUCUAAUUUAUUUUUUCAUUUCAUUAAUCGCAAAUGAUUGCGUCUCUCAAUCGUUAAAUACGCCGGAACGAGAGCGAAACGCUAUAAAGUAUUUUUAUAAUUAUGUUGAUAUUAUAACCGAUUUUAAAUUGAAUAAUAUGCUGAAAAUGACGCAAACAUUUGUGGAACAAUUAUUGGAUUCUAUACCGUAUGAUGAUCGCGGUAAUACGGCCGAACUUUUACAACAGUAUAUCGAUAAAGCGGAAAAUUUACGCUAUCAUGGCGUAUCUAUAGAGGAGAAAGAGAACAUGCUAUUAGAAUUGCAACAAUUAAUUGCGACAAUUAGAUCGGGCUUGGCAAAGCAGGAAGCUGAAGAUAUAAUUUUAAAGAAAAGCAUGUUGGGUAUGUUUGAGCUAUUGGCUCGUCUCUCCAUCGAGGAACGUAGACAUAGUGAGAAGUUUUCGAAAGCUUCGUCGUUGUUACGACGACGUUUUACGCCAGAGGGCGUACAACGGCAUCAACAACUCUUCGAUUUAUUACACGAAUUAGAACAAGAACAAGAUAUCGUUAAGAGAGAAGCUUUAUUUAAACAUUUAAAAGAAUUACGUACGCAGGAAAUAUAAAUAUAUUAUAUUAUAUAUAUACGAAAUGUUGUUACUUGUUAGCUUCAAAGAUGAUUUGAUAUAUGAUUCAAUAAAAUAAAAGUGAUUCACUUGAAUGUCGUUAAAGAUUUAUAAAUGUGUGAAUUGUAUCGAAGGCGGUUUUAGGC